UUGGGGGCGUUGGCUGUUUAAGUGACGUCACUGCCCUAGUACAACCGGCCAGUGGGUGUCCUGUAUUUGGCAUAAUCUCCGUGAAAACAAAUUCACUCGUGAGUGACCGGAUUAGCUAUUCUUAGUUUGUACUACAGUCGGGCGGUGUGUGGUAAAAAUCCGUCAAAAUGAUUAAAAACGGCCAUCACGACACGGAGGAACAAUUUGGGGACGGCGGCCGUGGUACUCAGCCGGCAGGGUCAAUGUGCAGCCCGGAGAAAAGGAAGCGCGUUGUCCGGCUUUGGUGUGACGGCUGUUAUGACAUGGUCCACUACGGUCACUCAAAUCAACUGCGGCAAGCUAAAGGCAUGGGAGAUCACCUCAUCGUCGGAGUGCAUACGGAUGCGGAAAUCUCCAAGCACAAAGGCCCGCCAGUCUUCACUCAGGAAGAGCGCUAUAAGAUGGUGCGGGCCAUCAAGUGGGUGGACGAGAUUGUGGAAGGGGCUCCCUACGUCACCACCUUGGAGACUCUGGACAAGUUCAACUGUGACUUCUGUGUGCACGGAGAUGACAUCACACUGACUGUGGAUGGAAAGGACACAUAUGACGAGGUGAAAAGAGCAGGACGUUAUCGGGAAUGUAAACGCACUCAGGGAGUCUCCACCACAGACCUUGUGGGACGCAUGCUUCUCAUGACCAAAUCACAUCAUAGCAACAUGGAUAAUCCUGAUUAUCAGCAGCAUACAGACAAUUUUGGGAAGGGUCCUAAAGGCCACAGUCCAUGGACUGGAGUGUCACAGUUCUUACAGACGUCCCAGAAGAUCAUCCAGUUUGCCUCGGGGAAGGAGCCUCAACCCGGAGACACCAUCAUAUAUGUCGCCGGGGCAUUUGACCUCUUCCACAUCGGCCAUGUCGACUUCUUAGCAAAAGUCUACAAGCUGGCAGAGAGACCCUAUGUCAUUGUAGGUCUGCAUUUUGAUCAGGAAGUGAAUCGGUACAAGGGAAAGAACUACCCCAUCAUGAACGUCCACGAGAGGACUCUGAGCGUCCUGGCCUGUCGGUAUGUUUCCGAAGUGGUGAUCGGUGCGCCCUAUGCGGUGACGAGAGACCUGCUGGAUCAUUUCAAGGUGGACCUGGUUUGUCACGGCAUGACAAAAGUAUUUCAAGACAAGGAUGGGUCGGACCCCUAUGCAGAGCCCAAGAGGAGAGGGAUGUUUCGGACCAUUGAUAGUGCAAACAGUCUCACCACCGAUGAUAUCGUACAGAGGAUCAUUGAAAACAGGCUGCAGUUUGAAGCCAGGAACCAGAAGAAGGAGGCCAAGGAAAUGGCGGUGAUCGAGGCCUUGAAGAAGAAAGAGGAGCAGAGUGAAAUGGCGCACUAGAGAACUGGGACGCCGAUUGCUCCGAUGUACGAUGUACUGGCUCUGCUACGUGAGUGAGCUUGAACCAGGGUGGAAGAUCCACGCUCUCUCUCAACAAUCCGCCGCUGCAAUUGAAUGCAGCUGGUUACAGACACUUGUUUGGGUGCGAAAUCCUGGUUUGUGUCUCUUUGCUUCUAGGUAGGCUUCUUUCUGUGCUCUGCUCCAGACUUGGUUUGGCCCGUUUUUAAGCGCAAUAUCUUAAACCUCAAUCGUGUGUUCAUUCGUUCCUGUAAUUGCACAGCACAUUCCACAGGAUGGGUAUACAAGUAGUAUGUUAAAGCUCUUAAUUACUGGAAAAAAUAUGACUUAUCAUUUCUAUUGGAAUUUUAAAUGGGUUUUUACAAAUCUUUUCAACUUGUUGUUUUUCAGGUUUGUUUUUAACAUAAGAAUAAUAAGGGAUUUAACAUUUUAAAUAGUCUUAUGAACUGGAUCUUCAACUACUACUCGGUUACCUGAAGAGAUGUGUUAUGUGUGCGGUCUAAAUGCAGAAUUAAAGGAAUAUUGUUUGGCUUUUUAGACAA